AUGCGCCGGCCGAGAGACGACGCCGAAGAUGACGAGAUCCCGCUGCAUCACAAAAGGGCCUUUGGCUCUGGGUUGAAGCGCAAGGAGGUCGCAUUUGUCCGGGCUACGGAAUCAGACGACGGCACAGCAGCCGUCCCCGAGCCUCGAGCGGUGUCUGCUAUCGGCGACUUGUAUGCGAGCAUAGUCUUGGGACAGGGGCAAGUCAAGUCUGUUUCUGCUCUGGCUUCUGCAGCGGCCACGGCGACGGCCAGUCACCAACCCCAGCCAGCCUCGAGCAACCGAGACGAAGCCGAAAUAUGCCCAACUUGUUCUCUUCCCAUCACUUCGUGGUCGAAGGAGCAUGAAGCAUCAUUGGCUCAUCAAGUAAGCAUGCCUCACUCACAUCCGCCGUCAGCGCUGGACAGAUCACGCAUGGACUUGCGAGCCCUCAAGUCCCAAGGGUGGGACCCGGAUGCGAGACGUGGUUUGGGCCUCGAAGGCGAGGGAGUGCGAUAUCCCAUCAAGACAAAGGCAAAGGACGAUAGGCUGGGCAUUGGUGCGGCGGAAGUCCCCGAAAGCCAGAAACAGGAGCCCAAAGAGCCACUGCGCCGCAAGUUGACAAGCAAGGAAGUGAAGCAGGCUAUGGCAAAGGAGAAACAAAAGAAGGAGCGGCUCCAGGCAGAAUUUUAUGGCAGUGUGGACGUGGAGAGCUAUCUGCGACGAAAGAUGGACGAGUAG